CUCGUAAGUCUUGCGAGGAGAGGAUCUGAACUCAUACAGAGAAACCCAGACUCCAUUGCUGAGUUGAUCAGAUUUCACAUCUAAACCCUACUCUGUUUUCACAUUCUUCCCCAUUUUCUUGAGAGAGAAAGAAUGGGACUCUUCACCUACACCUUAGCCGGUGGCGGCUUCAUCCUCAUCGGCGCUUGGGAAUCUCUCAUCUCAUCAUCUAUCGAAACCCAGGAGAAGAAAACGACGAAGACGAACUCUUCUUCUUUUUCAUCAUCCAUAACCCUAUUCGCAGUCUCUCUCCUAUCUUUGUUCUUCAUCUUAAACUCAAUCGUCUCCUUAAUCGACGCUUUCAAUUCCCAAGAUCAAACCGGUUUGGUCCUCCAGCUAGAGGUAAUAGCAAUCGCUUCCCUUUUCUUUCUCUACUCUGUUCUCGGUCUCAUGACCCAUUUCACAAAUUCGAUCCUUUUACCCUCUUCAAUCCUCAAUUUACUCUGUCUAUUCGCUUUCGUUGAAGAAUUUCUCUUGUUUUACCUCCAAAGAAAAGACCCAAGUGGAAUCGAGAACCGUUACUUCGAUCUCGCGCUUGUUCCGAUCGGGGUUUGUGUUUUUUCAACAAUUCUCGAAUUGAAAACCCCAAAAUCGAGAUUUUUAAGGUUGGGUCGUGGAAUUGGGUUGAUUUCGCAAGGGACUUGGCUUGUUCAAAUGGGUUUUUCGUUUUAUUCUAAUGCCAUGGCUAAUGGGUGUUCUUUACAUGAGAAAAGCAGAGGAAAUUAUACGAUUAAGUGUAAGGGACACCCCGAUUAUCACCGGGGUAGAGCGAUCGCCACGCUUCAAUUUAAUUGUCAUCUUGCUUUCCUUGUGGCGUUGAUUGUUGGGGUGUACUCAAUUGUUUGUAAAAAGACUGGCAUUGGUGGUGAUUUCACACAGUAUAGGCCGAUUGGAGCGGAAAUGCAACAAUUGGAUAGCCAAGCUCAAUUUACUUUGGAUUCUGAUGAUGACAAUGAGGAUGGGAUUAAAGAAGAGAGGAAUGUGGCAGCAGACCAGAGGGCUAUUGUAGUGGUUACUGAGCCAGGGAUUAAUGGUUAUGGUUCUCAUUAAUGAGACUAACAAUACCUUUCUCGUUGUGCGUGGCAACGCGAGCGAGGGGGAUGAAGUACAUGUUAUAUAAAGGCGUUAACAGGAUUAUGGACACUGUGAUCACACUCUGUAGCAUAGCCGGUGGGAUUUUGAAGUUGCUCCCAAUGUUUCUCUGCAUUGUCACACCUUGUUUUGUAAAGAAUGUCAUGGGCUUUUGGAAAAUCACUGCAAACAUUAGAAGUGUAGUCCAUGUAGGUAAGAGGUGCAAUAUGACUUUCGCGAUUUCAGGCAGGUGAAUGCCAGUGUUAGAGCUCUUGUCUACGCCCUCGCUGCCAUCAAGAUCUUGGUGACACAGCGGUUUUUCUUCUUCAAGCCUAUAGACAGAUUAAAAGUUCCAUCAUUAAUACUAAUUCAAUUUAGAAUC